GGAGAAGGCUCUGCUGGCAUACAAAGGACUUGUGAUAUUACUGUGAUUUUGUUUCUUUUGCAGCUGGAGACUAAAUGACACCAAACAGAAUCUGCUGUUAGGUUAGAUUACAAGAAUACUUAUUCUGAGACACACAAAACCAUGCAGGCUACAUCACUAGUCUAUUAUUUCCUGCUUGUGUCUCUGUGUCUUGAUUUUUCUCAAAAUGGAACUAAUGCACCUCUCAGGAGGCAAAGGAGAAGAAUGCGCCACAGAGGACUGCGAAGGAGCUUCUCAGCUGAGCACAAGGACCCCAGACAGCCAAAGAUGAAGCUUCCAGCUCCAGCUGCUGUAGUACCCAGCAUACCUCUCAUUAACAUUGACGACGGUGUUAUGGGAGUAUUUGACUCUCUCGUAGGUUUGGGUGGACAUGAAUCUAGUUACAGUGUCUUGCCAGGAAAGACAGGGCACUGCACAGCUAAUGGGAUGAUUAUGUAUGAUAAAGCCGUCUGGUCUCCCAAGCCCUGCGUUACCUGUCUCUGUUCAAAAGGAGAAGUGAUAUGUGAUACCACCAUGUGCCCUUCUCUGAGGUGUCCCAAAACGAUCAUACCUGCAGGAGAAUGCUGCCCAGUUUGUUCUGAUACUGCCUCCUCUUUGGAUUCAAGUAUUAUUUCACUGGAUGACAUAAGUGAAUUUUCUGGUGAUUCUCCAGAACCCAAUGACCUUGACAAUACCAAUAAACUGUCAUCAGCACAUACUCAAACUGAAAAAGAUGAACUGCUGAGAACAGAACUGAUAGAGGUUAAAGAGAAAGAGGGUCAUAAAAAGGAUGGAAAGAAAAGAAAAAGGAAAGGCAAAAAAAAUCGACAUAAGUAUAGAGCCUAUCACAGAGAAAAGAAGCCUAUCAGAAGAAAGGGAAAUGUAAAAGAAGAAAUAGAAGAUGAAAGUGAUGAAGAUGAUGGUACUUUCAGAAUGCCAUCACAUUUCCCAAUUCCGAUUCCACCCAUAGAAGCUCCUCCUUUGCCAUCUGGAUGUUCAACCUCGGACACCACAGUAAGCUGUAUUAACGCCAAACUUAAACAAAUACCACCAAUCUCAGAUCCAGAUCUAACAAGUCUAGACCUUACAGGAAAUAGUAUCACUACUAUCUCAGAUGAAGCAUUCAAUGGGAUACCUAAUUUGGAAUGGAUUGAUCUCAGUAAAAACAGUAUUACCUCUCCCGGCAUUGGUCCACAAGCAUUCAAAAUCCUGAAAAAGCUAAAACGUUUGUAUUUGGAUGGAAAUAUGCUGGUACAUAUUCCAUCUGAACUGCCAUCAACUUUGGAGGAAAUAAAAAUAAAUGACAACCACCUUCAUGCCAUUGAUGAGGACGGCUUAAAAGGUUUAAAGAACUUGAUCACCCUGGAACUGGAAGGAAAUAAACUUAGUGAAGCAAACGUCAGUCCUUUGGCCUUUUCUCCUUUGAAAAGCCUCUCUUACUUGCGGCUAGGAAGAAAUAAAUUUAGAAUUAUCCCACAAGGUCUUCCCACCACUCUUGAGGAGUUAUAUCUUGAAAAUAAUCAAAUUGAAGAAGUUUCAGAAAUUUGCUUUAACCAUACAAGAAACAUAAAUGUCAUUGUGCUAAAGCAUAACAAAUUAGAAGAGCACAGAAUAGCACCUUUGGCUUGGAUAAACCAAGAGAACUUGGAAUCAAUUGAUCUCUCUUAUAACAAGUUGUAUCAUGUUCCCUCGUAUCUGCCAAAAUCUUUACUACAUCUGAUACUUGUAGGAAAUCAAAUUGAAAGAAUUCCAGGAUAUGUCUUUGGUCACAUGAAGCCAGGGCUGGAGUAUCUCUACCUCUCCUUUAACAAACUUACUGAUGAUGGAAUAGAUCCAGUAUCAUUUUUUGGAGCAUACCACACUCUGAGAGAGUUGUUUUUGGAUCACAAUGAAUUAAAGGCUGUACCAUUUGGAAUUGAUGAAAUGAGAAAACUACGUUUUCUAAGACUGAACAAUAAUAAAAUAAGGACAGUCCCUCCAGAACGCAUCUGCAAGGCUCAUCUCAAUGAUGAUGAUGUUCAUGACAACAGUGAAGAGGAGGAGAACGAAGAUUCACGUUUGGAACACGUUCAUCUUGAAAACAACUACAUCAAUACAAGACAGCUAUCACCACAUGCAUUUACAUGCAUAAGAUCCUACUGCAGUGUGGUUCUUAAACCACAGAAGGGCAAAUAA